AUAUUCCCUCCCUCCAACUAACUUCCCAUCUCCUCCUGUAAAUACCUCUGCCUUUUUUCUUUUUCUUUUUUGUUGCACUGGAGCCGGUCUGAUGUAAUCCAUAACUGCUAGAAAAAGGAAGAAAGAAAAAUCAGAAGAACAUGUCUUCUUCCUGCUCCGGAUUAGGGCAUCGAAGCUCCAAAAUCCUCUGCAGAAUUCACCAUGGAUCUGGCCUCCUCAACACUCCAUCCUUUCUGUUAUCCACAAAUCCCGCUCGAAUUCUGCGGAGCUCGGUCCGAUUCCGGUGCGUCCUCGAUCAACUUGCUCCGAGAUUGACAACAGUCUCCUCGUCAUUGAAUUCCGUGAUCACCACUGGGAACGUGAUUGCGGCGGCGGCAGCUGCCGCGAGCAGCGCCGGUACUGCUCACUCGGCAGUGACAUCAGCACUCGCUCAUGUUGCGGUCACAGCGGUCGCGAUUGCGUCGGGGGCAUGCCUUUCAACCAAGGUGGAUUUCCUGUGGCCACGAGGGGAGGAGCAGCCUGAUUCCCUUAUAUUAGAUGGAGUGGACGUAACAGGGUAUCCAGUCUUUAACGAUCCAAAGGUUCAGAAGGCUAUUGCAUUUGCAAGGAAAGCUCAUUAUGGCCAGUUAAGGAAAACAGGAGAUCCUUAUCUUACUCACUGUAUCCAUACGGGAAAGAUAUUGGCAGCUCUGGUUCCAUCAAGUGGAAAACGAGCGAUAGAUACAGUUGUUGCUGGAAUUCUCCAUGACGUGAUUGAUGAUACGUGCGAAAAUCUGCGCAGCAUAGAAGAAGAAUUUGGCGAUGAUGUUGCGAAGCUAGUUGCUGGGGUUUCGAGAUUAAGCUACAUAAAUCAGCUGUUACGUAGACAUCGCAGGACAAAUCUAAAUCAGGGAACUCUGGGCCAUGACGAGGCAAAUAAUCUGCGGGUGAUGCUCUUGGGCAUGGUCGAUGAUCCUCGCGUGGUUCUUAUCAAGCUUGCGGAUCGUCUGCAUAACAUGAGAACCAUUUAUGCUCUGCCAUCACAAAAGGCUCAAGCUGUUGCACAAGAGACAUUAGCGGUUUGGUGCUCCCUUGCUUCUAGAUUGGGCGUGUGGGCUUUAAAAGCUGAACUGGAAGAUCUAUGCUUUGCUGUUCUUCAGCCUCAUACUUUUCGCCAAAUGCGAGCUGAGCUUGCAUCCAUGUGGAAUGCUAGCAAUAGGACAAGAAAUCUGAGGAGAGUAUCUGCAAAAGCUGGCUUGCUUGUACCUUUGCAUGAGAAUAAUGUUAUUCCCAACCAUGAAGAUUCUUUAACAACUGAUGACGAUAAAACAACCAUGAAGGAUCUCUUGCAAGCAGUACUGCCAUUCAAUAUAUUACAGGAUAGAAGGAAGCGGACUAAUUUUCUUAAUAAUCUUAGGGAAUGCUCAGAGGUUCCCAACCCAAAACCUAAGGUCCUUAGUGAUGCUGGGAUUGCUUUGGCAUCUCUAGCAAUCUGUGAGGAAACACUUGAGCGGGAGUUAUUUAUAUCGACAUCUUAUAUUCCCGGUAUGGAAGUAACUUUAUCUAGCCGCCUGAAAAGCUUGUAUAGUAUCUAUUGCAAGAUGAAACGGAAAGGUGUUGGCAUCAGGCAAGUAUAUGAUGCCCGUGCAUUGCGGGUGGUUGUUGGGGAUAGGAAUGGAACACUGCAUGGAGCUGCAGUUAAGUGUUGCUACAGCCUUCUUGACAUUAUGCACAGGCUCUGGACCCCUAUUGAUGGUGAGUUUGAUGAUUACAUCGUAAAUCCGAAGCCUAGUGGCUAUCAGUCUCUUCAUACUGCUGUUCAAGGUCCUGAUAGCUCACCCUUGGAGGUGCAAAUAAGAACUCAGAGGAUGCAUGAGCAUGCAGAAUUUGGACUUGCUGCACAUUGGCUUUAUAAGGAAACUGAGAACAACGUUACAUUCCCAAGCAUUACACAUAAUUCCAGGAUAAAUACAUCCCAAUACCAAUCCAAAGGGUUGAUGGAUGAAACUCCUAUUCAAGAUGAUGAAUUUCAGAAGUAUAGUUCCCUGAAAGUAGGACAUCCAGUCCUUAGAGUGGAGGGGAGUCACUUACUUGCAGCUGUCAUUGUCAGUAUGGAUAAGGGGGGAAGAGAGCUACUCGUGGCUGUGAGCUUUGGACUUGGAGCUUCUGAAGCAGUAGUUGACAGAAGAUCUUUUUUCCAGAUAAAACGUUGGGAAGCUUAUGCAAAGCUCUACAAAAAGGUUUCUGAUCAAUGGUGGUUCGCACCAGGACAUGGAGAUUGGUGUACUUGCCUGGAGAAAUACACACUUUGUCGAGAUGGGAUAUACCACAAGCAAGACCAAUUUCAGCGCUUGUUACCCACCUUCAUCCAAGUAAUAGAUCUGACAGAGCAAGAGGAAGCUGAAUAUAGGAUGGUUGUGUCUGCCAUUUUCGAAGGGAAGCAGAUUGCUUCUAUUCCAUCAGAUUCCAACUUAGCUGAGAAACCCAGCUUUGACUCUUCUGGUGCUACUCCAGUGGAAGCUAGCAUCAAUAACAAGGUGCAUCUACUGAGGACAAUGCUUCAGUGGGAGGAGCAGGUGCGCUACAAAGCCAUUUUUGGAGAAACAAAGCACAGGGCCUCUUCAUCACAUGUUGGCCGCCCCACUUCUGUGGAUCUUGGUGAAGUGGCAAUCAUAUGCUGGCCCCACGCUGAGAUAAUGAGGCUGAGAUCUGGAAGCACUGCCGCUGACGCUGCAAGAAGGGUAGGACUGGAAGGAAAGCUGGUUUUAGUGAAUGGCCAGCCGGUGUUGCCACAUACGGAACUCAAGGAUGGUGAUAUAGUGGAAGGCUUAACGUAGUCCUAGAGCUCAGUAACUUCUCAACUGUUUUACACACACAACAGAAGGCGGUUUGAGAGUGCAUAUCAGCAUAUUCAAACAUAGAUGCAAAGUCGAGCCAUGUACAGUGUAAGAUAUUCAAAGGUGAUUCUAUUGCAAUUCAAUGUAUAUAAGACUUAUGGUCAAUAAGAGUACUCUCCCAUUGCGAUAACCA